GGCGAUGUGAGGCACACCCCCCUGACCUUUCUUCCAGCCAAAUAGCUCUGAUAAGUGGGCAGACCUUGAGCCUAGAGACCCACAGACACACUUGGACGAUUCCUGCAGAAAUCAGUGAGGCAGUCUCCUCCCAGGGGCUCGGCGCCUGGCUCCAGAGGCGAGGCAGCUGGCCCGGACGCUGACUGCCCAGUGCCACAGACAUGGCCAACGGGACCAACGCCUCUGCCCCAUACUACAGCUAUGAAUACUACCUGGACUAUCUGGACCUCAUUCCCGUAGAUGAGAAGAAGCUGAAAGCCCACAAACAUUCCAUCGUGAUCGCCUUCUGGGUGAGCCUGGCUGCCUUCGUGCUGCUCCUCUUCCUCAUCCUGCUUUACAUGUCCUGGUCGGGCUCCCCGCAGAUGAAGAACAGCCCCAAGCACCACCAAACAUGCCCCUGGAGUCACAGCCUCAGCCUCCAGCUCUGCAUCCAGAAGUGCCUGCCGUGCCACAGGGAACCCCUGGGGACCUCACGGGCUCAGGCGCAUUCAGUGGAGCCAGGGAGCAGAACUGACCCUGACCAGCUGCUACGACAGGAGAGCUCCUCCACCUUGCCCCUUGGGGUUUUCCAGACCCACCCCACUCUCCUCUGGGAACUGACCCUCAGUGGGGGUCCCCUCGUCAGAAGCAAGCCCAGCGAGCCUCCUCCUGGAGACAGGACCUCUCAAUUGCAGAGCUGAUGUCAGCAGAUCGUGGCCAUAGCUGAGUGAACUGGUGAAAUCAAGCCAACCUGGACACCUCCGUUCUUUGUUCUUCUUAGAGGCUGUCUGCAUGUAGCGGAAAGGGCACCUAGGUCAAGUGUGACUAGAGCAGGAGCAUCCUAUGCCUUUGACAAAGAUUGCAGUGAUCCCUCGAGGGCAGAGGUCAUCCCAGGUGUUGCUGAUUUUAUUGAGCACACUUGGCCCGCUUGCUUAUGGCUUGUUUGCUUAGGGAAGAGUAGGAAAAUAAAAUAUAUGUAAAUCCAGAGGAAAA